UGUACCAUUCACUCGGAUAUCCAGCUCAUUCGCAAACAGAGUAGAGAAUGCGGCAUGGAGAUUGUUACUGGAAUUGUUGGAAAAGUUGCCGAGUAUGCAAUUGAACCAGCUAUACACCGAGUGGGCUACCUUACUCAUUGCAGAAGCAGCCUUCAGAAUCUACAAACUCAAGUGAAUGAAUUAACUUCUGCUAGAGAGGGGGUGGAGCAUAAGGUUGAUGAAGCUGAAAGACAAGGUAAACGAAUCGAAAGCGAGGUACAGAACUGGCUGAAACAAGUGGAAGAGAUCACCGGAAAGGCAGGCGAAUUGUGGAAAGAUGAAGUCCAAGCAAAGAUGAACUGUCUCCAUGGGUUUUGUCCUAAUCUUAUUCUUCGUUACCAGCUAAGCAGAAAGUCAAAAAAAUUGGAACAGGUUGCUGUUAAACUCUAUGAAAAAAGAGACUUCACCAAUUUUUCAUAUGAUGCUCGUCCACAAGAGGUAUGUGCCGUGUCUACCAAAUACUACGAAGCCUUUGAUUCAAGGAUUUCAACUCUAAAGAACAUAAUGGAUGAAUUGAGAGCUCCCAGUACCGAUCUGAUUGUGGUGUAUGGAAUUGGCGGUGUGGGAAAAACCACACUUGUGGAAGAAGUCCUUAGGCAAGCUGUAGCAGAAAAGUUAUUCACUGAUGCAGUUAUGGUUCGUGAUGUGAAAAAUCCAGACCUACAAGGAAUUCAAAAAGAAAUUACCAAGAAAUUAGGCAUGGAAGUUGGUGAAAACGAGAUUAUGGCUGAAAGAGCACGUCAUUUAUGCAGCAGGAUAAAAGACAAGAAGGUUCUUGUAAUUUUAGAUAAUAUUUGGGAAAAAAUCGAUUUGGAGACUGUGGGACUGCCAUGUCUGUCUAAUUGCAAAAUAUUGUUGACCUCCAGAAAUCUAAAAUUUUUAUCGUCAGAGAUGCGACCCCAAAAAGAGUUUCGGCUUGAAGUUUUAAACGAAAAGGAAACUUGGAGUUUAUUUGAGAAGAAGGCAGGCGACGUUGUUAAAGAUCAUGCUAUACGGAAUAUAGCAAUCCAAGUAUCUGAAAAAUGUAGAGGUUUGCCUGUUUUAGUUGUCAUAGUUGCAAGCGCUUUAAAAAGUAGAAGUACUUUGUAUGCAUGGAAUGAUGCCUUGAGAUGCCUAAAAGCGUUUGACGGUGAAGAGUCAACAGAAGAAGCAUAUUCGGCUCUGGAGUGGAGUUUCAAUCAAUUGGACAGUAAACUUAAGCCAUUGUUCUUGCUUUGUGGAAUCGUCAUUGGCGUAGCCUCAGACAACUCUGCCCAUUUGUCAGACGCCCGUUUGUCCGACUUGUUUAAAUAUGCAAUGGGUUUGGGUUUGUUUAAGAACUGUCAUUCAUUGGAACAAGCAAGCAAUGCAUUGCAUUCGUGGAUCGAACAGCUUAAAGACUCUUGUCUAUUAUUAGACAAUGUGGGUGAUGAAUUUAUCAGAAUGCAUGAUCUUGUACACAAUGUUGCGAUCACGAUUGCAUCCAAAGAUCAAUGCACUUUGUUUAGAACAUCUGGAGGUGAGCUGAAAGAAUGGCCUAAUGAUAGGGAUUUUUUAGAAAAGUGCACAACUAUCUCUUUGGCUCACUGCAAUAUCCCCAGACUUCCUGAAGUGUUCGAAUGCCAAGAAUUAGAGAUGUUUAUUUUGGGCUCUAAUGGUGGUGACCCAAUGGAAAUCCCAGACACCUUUUUUAAAGGGAUGAUAAAACUAAAAGUUUUGGAUUUAACUAAACUGGAUAUUGGAUCACUGCCUUCAUCUCUUCAGCUCCUAGAAAAUCUUUGGACAUUGUGCUUGGGUAGGUGCGUGUUGGGAGACAUAGCUCUAGUUGGGCAGCUGACAAGAUUAGAAAUUCUUAGCUUUUUCCGUUCUGAUCUUAAGGAGUUGCCUAAAAAAAUUGGGAAAUUAACUCAUCUUCGGUUGUUGGAUUUGAGAGGUUGCUAUCAGCUUGAAGUGAUUUCACCAAAUGUAUUAUCAAGCUUGAAAAGUCUAGAAGACUUGAGAAUGCACAACAGCUUCCACCGAUGGGUGGCUGAAGGAGUCACCGGAGAAACUUUUGGAGCUAAGGGACUUGCCUCAUCUAGCGGCAUUAGCUGUACACAUUCCGGAUGCUAGAAUUAUCCCAAGGGGCUUGUUCUCUGACAAGUUGAAAAGAUAUGAUUUAUCAAUUGGUGAUACUCUUUACACUUAUUUUCUCACAGCAAACUUCAAAGGCACCCAUAGAUGUGGAAUACGGGACAGUAUGGAUGGAACCCUCAACACAUUAAAGCUCAAGCUCACCACCAGGCAAGAAUUGGACGAUGGUCUAAAAAUGCUAUUGAAGAGAUCUGAAGCUUUGUACUUGCCUGGGUUGGAGAACGACUUCCAAUUCCAAUCAGAUAGUGAAGAUUUUCAGCAAUUGAAACACCUCUACGUUCAAAACAUUGCUAAAUUUACAUACAUCAUAAAUGAGAAGGUUGGGUUGCCAAACUUAACGAGGUUGAUUGUGUAUGAAUGUGGCUCAAGAUUCUUAUUUUCAUCUUCCACGGCUAGAAGUCUAGUACAACUCAAAUAUCUUGAGGUAAAAAACUGCUACAUGAUGGAAGAGAUAGUUUUAAUACAAGAAUAUGGUGAAGAAAAUGCAGCUGGCAUGUUUUGUAAGCUACAACGUUUGAAGCUAACAAAUCUUCAAAUCCUCUCUAGAUUCUGCUCAGGAAGUUAUAUCGAGUUUCCAUCUUUGGAAAGUUUGGCAAUAGUGAAUUGUAAUGUACUGGAGACAUUCAUUUGUGAACCUGGGAGUAAAAGCAUUACAGUUCACAGAGAAACUAAAGAGGACUUGAAGAAGACGGUUGUACAAUACUUUCUUUUUGACGACAAGGUUGGGUUUCCAAAGUUGGAGAGACUCUUCAUCUGUGGCUUAAAUAAGUUGAAGGCAAUAUGGCACAACCAACAUGUUCCAGGCUCUUUGUGCGGAGGAGAUUAUACUAAGGAAAAACAUGAAGCAUCUGCUCAAAAUCUAGUCAAGGCAGUCAUACGGAAGUGCAGCAAUUUGCAAUAUAUAUUGUAUUGUCCUGGAAUUGAGGAAAUCAUUGCCGAGGUAGAGGGAGUAGAAACAACGCCCGAGUUUUGUGUUCCCAAAAGUAGUAUCUUUUAGAUUAGAAGAGCUGCCCCAACUUAAGAGAUUCUAUCCGGGAAUACAUGCUUCCAAGUGGCCGUUACUUGAAGAAUUGAUAGUGCGCGGAUGUGAUCAAUUGGACAUUUUUUCUGUGGAACUUCCAAGUUUCCAGAAACAUGUUCUGGGUGGUGUAUCUGCUCCAAUUAAACAACCUCUCUUUUUAAUUGAGAAGGAUUCAUUCCCCAAGUUAGAGAAGUUGGUCUUGGAUGGCACUAUGGAGAUUUGUGGCGACCUACUCCCAGCUGAGGUCUUUCGCAAACUCAAAUCUGUCAAGUUUCGUGCUCCAUACUCUAUAGUGGAGACUUCACAUGAGCAAGGUAGACCUGCAGAAAUUACCUUGGAAGAUGUAAGUGCUCAGAAGAUUCAAGGAUCGGGCGGGCUAAGGCAUCUUUGGAAAGAGAAUUCUGUCGGCAUGCCCGGUUUUUCCGAGCUUGGAAAUUCUAAGAGUGUUGGGUUGUAUCAGAUUACAGGAUCUAGUGACAUCUGAAAUAUCCUUCCAGAAUUUAACAACUUUGGAAGUGGUUGGUUGUCAUAGAUUGAAGUCAUUAACAAACUAUUCGGUUGCUAAAACGUUAAUGCAACUGAGAGAAAUGACUCUUGUGAAUUGUAAAAGAAUGAUAAAAAUAGUGGAAACGUCAGACGGAGAAGAUGCAGCAGGAAAUGAGAUUGCUUUUAGCCGGUUGCUACAUUUGAAACUUUCAAGUCUUCCGAGUUUGAAAGACUUUUGCUCUGGAAAUUGCAUUGUCAAAUUCCCACAAUUAAAAACUUUCUCUGUAAGAAAUUGCCCUAAGUUGAAGAUUUCCUCGGAACUGGAAAGAAUACCACAACAGGAGCAAUUUUAUAGGUAUUUUGAUUUUGUUUAUAGCCACAUUGUUGAUGGUGAUGACGAUGUUGAAAUGGUCCCCGAAAAUUCCAUUUGAUGUUUCCAGAGGAGCACAUUUCACCGCAAGGAUGUAUAUGGACAUUCUUUGUUGCACCUUAAACUUUUUGUGAUCGCCGUUGUUGCUUUGUCUUAAUUGAGAAGAAGCUUGCAGAAGGCUUCUGCCGGUCGGGAAAUGCUUGUGUGAUAUUCGUGAAAGCAGCAGCCUCUCCGUUCGAUAUUGUCCAGGUCUCCGUUUUCUGGUUUUUCCAAACUUCGAAUCUGUUUGUUUUCCCGGUUUCAAACCUUGAUAGCUUUGCUUGUCUGGGGAAUAAGUUGUUUCACGUCUUCCUUACAUUUAUGCAUUACAUACAUAAUACACUGUGCUUUUAGUCAGAUUCAAGCCGUUCGAUUUGACCAUGGAUUUAAAGGAAGCACAUCGACAAUGUGUGCAAUACAUUAGUGUAAUAUUGUUGAAUUUUUAUUAUGGGAGUGUUUGUGGCUAGAAUUAAUCUUAGCAAGCCUAAAGUUAUUAUGGUG